CAUGGCUGUACAUCGAAAUCGCUGCAGUUGAAUUUUGAAAAGAAAAAGAAUAAUCAGAAUGAAUAAACCGAUUGUAAACUCGCUUCGAUGUGCUUUCUUGUCAACAAUAUUUUUCCUUCGAUAUAGAAUUAUGAUCUCUAUAGAUUAGAGAAAGGACCACCGCAACAGACAACGUUGAACGUUGAGGAUGCCACUUAUAUUUUGAGAACAAUGCACUAUAUUCGAAGAAUGGAAAAUAAAAUAGCUGAAAUGUACAGAAUGCGACUGAUCAAUGGAUUCUGUCAUUUAUACGCUGGUCAAGUGAGUUCGAAGCAAUCGAAUCAUUUUUUUUUAUCAGAAAUUUUUGAUCCCUCGUAUUUUACUGUGAACGAUUUUUCGAAAAGAAAAGAAAAGGAAGCUGUUGCAAUCGGCUGCAAAGUGGCAUUAAAGGACAAUGAUAAUGUAAUAACAGCUUAUCGCUGUCAUGCUUUCGCUUUUCUCUUCGGUGGAACUGCUCGUUCGGUUAUGGCAGAAUUAAUGGGACGAAAAACUGGUAUUUCUAAAGGCAAAGGUGGAUCGAUGCAUAUGUACGCACCAAAAUUUUAUGGAGGUGAAGGAAUCGUCGGUGGACAGGUACCGAUAGGUACAGGUCUCGCAUUCGCCCAUAAAUAUAACGGCACUGACGCAGUAUCCGUUUCAUUGUACGGUGAUGGUGCAAGCUCUCAAGGUCAGAUAUACGAGGUAUGGAAUAUGGCCAAAUUAUGGAAUCUCCCGGCCAUAUAUAUCUGUGAGAAUAAUCAGUAUGCCAUGGGUACACAACUCCAUCGUCAUUCAGCUAACACAAAGUUUUAUACUCGCGGUGAUUUAAUACCUGGUAUAAAGGUUAACGGAAUGAGAGUGAUUGACGUUCGAGAAGCUAUAACAUUUGCCAGAGAUUAUGCAAUUCGUAAUGGUCCGAUUAUCUUAGAAGUAGAUACUUAUCGUUAUUAUGGACAUAGCAUGAGCGAUCCUGGUGUUGGAUAUCGUACCAGAGAUGAAAUUAAAUCUGUACAAAGUGAACAAGAUCCCAUCUUGCUUUUUACAAAACUUCUCGUUGAUAACGGACUGAAAACUCAAAAUGAAGCUGAUGAAAUACGAAAAGAAAUAUACAAAGAAGUGGACGCCGAGGCAGAACUAGCAAAAGCCGAUCCGUGGCCAGAAUUAACUGAAAUUACAGAGGCAGUAUAUGCUAAGCCAAUAGGAAAAUGUAGAUUUAAAGUACCCUGGGAAAACAUUUGAAGACAACUUUUUUCUAAAUUGGACGCAUUAAUUAGAUCAUUUCUCGUCUCUUUUUACGUGUUUACUUUUAACAUAUAUACACAAUUUUAUUUUAUUUAUUUAUUUACUUAUUUAUAUAUAAUAUGUAAAACAAGAAAACUUUUAUUAUUGUGAAUUAAAAAAUGAUUUCGAUAUAUAUAUAUAUAUAUAUAUAUAUAUAAAAUCUUGGAUUUAACAAAUAUAAAAAACAAAAAAGAAAGAAAGAAAAAAGAGAAAGGAAACGAUGUCUCAUUUCAAAAGACUGAGACGAAUAUCAUCUUUUUACUCUGACAAUUAAUCAGAAUUGAAAUCAAUUAACGCGUGUCUUUCUCUCUCUCGUUGUAAGUUAGUUGAAGUUAGGAAGCUCGGAGGCAGUGGCAACGACAUUGUCAUCUUCGUUCUCGUCAGCCGUUGUAGUCGUUGAAAAUGAUUGCAGCAUAGAGAGCGGAGGGACGAAAGGAAGAAGCGCGCCGAGGUUCUGAGUCAGCUCGUUAAAGAGGACUGUACAGGAGGAUCAGAAGUUAAGGCGUGUAAAAUAGCAGAAAGAGAGAGAGAGAGAGAAAUAGAAAGAGAGAGGGAGAAAGAGAGAGAGAGAGAGAGUCUUUGCGGGAGUCUAAGCUCCCGCAUUUGUAGACAUCGCCCAUCGAAUUUCAACGAUAUAUGUAUAUGUUAGUUGUACGUAAAUGCAAGCCGAAAGGAGACACGCAAAGUGAGUUUCUUUCCAUUCGAAGUGAGAGGUAGUAACGAUUGGAAAUGAGUAUUCGUGACAAGUAUCAAGAUUAGUUGUGUUUGAAAACGUAUCAAACGUCCGCAAGUGAUAUCAGAUAAAUUCAAUUUAUCCAUCAUCGAGAAUGACGUUCAUUGUGACGAGUUUAAUAAAAAUAAUAUUCUCUUAUGAGAUUAUGAUAAUAAUAUGAAAUAUUAACUAUUGUAUUGAUCACUGAAUGCACAGUGACUUCGAAAGAAUUAUGACAAAGUUAAUUAACUAUCGUGCAAAGUGAAAAACUUAGUAAGAGAAAUAUGCAAAUUAUUAUUAUUAUUAUAUCAUUGCAUAGUGAAUAAUCCUUGACCGGUAAAAUACACACGUUUAAGUUUUAAGCAAGUCAUCGAAUUGUUACAUGAAAAUGUUUCAUUAUUGUUCGUUAGAUAUCGUGUUUUCGUUGAAGCAAUAAAAAAAGGAUGCGCUCUUUCUCUUCCUUUCUGUGAUCUUAAUAUAUACGAAUCGAAAUUGAAAAUUUUAUUUAAAUUUGUCCUUUUCUAUCAUGAAUUUUUUAUUCGAAUUUUUACACUAAGAAAUUAAUUAAAAUAAACAAAAAGAUAUAAAAGAAAGAUAAGAAACGAUAAGGAAUAUUUUCUUAUCAUAUAUAUAUAUAUAUGGAUAGAAGCGAUGGACAAAAAUUUAUUUUAUUUUAUCAUCGGUCUUAUUUUAUUAAAUUUUCCAUAAAAGGGAAUUAAGUGAACAAAAAAAAAAAGAUAUAAAAACUUAUUAAAAAGAAUAUUUCUUUUGCAUGGUUAGUACAUCAUGAUAAGUCUUAUCCGGAGACCUCUUCGUACUUCCUGUCAAGAAUCAAGUGUAAUAGAGACGAUAGAAAUAUAUCCCUUUAUUCGA